AAUGCUACAUGUUGUGAAUCCGCCUUAUCACCUCCUUCGAUCAUGAUAUUCGCUGUGGAUCGUGGCUAGAAUUGUGACCGCAAAGUGAUAGACGUUCGGUGCAAAAUGCUAUCGAGACUGGCUCUUCGCAAUGCUCAGUUAUUACCAAUGGCUGUGCGAGGAGCACAAAGUACUUCUUCAGCAGCGACAGAGUUUACUCGUCCGAAACGUUUAUAGCCAGCUCCAGUUAGACAUGGAUUCAUACCUGAAGGAUGGUUUGAAGCUUUCUAUUCAAAAACUGGUGCAUCAGGGCCAUAUGUAUUGGCAUUAACUGUGAGCACUUAUUUAUUUUCCAAAGAAAUUUAUGUUAUGGAGCAUGAAUUUUAUAAUGGACUAGGCCUCUUAAUAAUAUAUGUAGCUGGUGUAAAAAUGUUUGGCCCAAAAACAGCUGAGUAUUUGGACAAGGAAAUAGAUAAAUACAGUGAUGGACUUGAGGAGUCUAGGAAGAACGAAAUAGCUCAUUAUGAGAACACAAUUGAGCAUGAGAAACGAAAACAAUGGAGUCUGGAUGGCCAGAAAAUGAUAAUGGAAAUUAAAAAAGAGAAUGUUAAAAUGCAACUAGAAGCAACCUACAGAGAACGCUUGGUGCAAGUUUAUCAAGAGGUGAAAAGACGUCUCGACUAUCAAGUGCAAAUACAAAAUCUCGAACGCCGAAUCACACAGAAGCAUAUGGUUCAAUGGAUUGUGAACGGAGUAUUGAAAGCCAUCACUCCUGAUCAGGAGAAGGCAACGCUUCAACAGUGCAUCAAAGAUCUCGAAGCUCUCGCUGCAAAAGCGUAAAAUGUCUCUAAAUAAUAACUUAGAUGAAAUAGAAAUAUGAUAGCAGGUAAGAGAAGACGUCUGUAUAAAAGUCUAAUAAAGUAUCAUCUCUAUCAAAUAUUGUUACCGAACAGUCAAACUCAUCAAAUGUUGCAAAUAAAUAAACACCAUCUUGCAACAUUUAGUGUGUAAAUUAAUUUUUGUUAACGAUAUUAAAGAGAAUUGUAAAUUUAACUAAACAUCAGCUAUUAAAAUGAUAAAUAUACAAAGUUUA